UUGAUAAAUAAUUAAAAAAGACGGAGCCUGAUCGGACUUCGUCGUCUCUCCGGACGUAACGAGGACGAAGGAAAGAGACAAUUAACCGCCGACCUUGUUCCGGUGGCCCCGCCUGCAUUUCUCUCUCUCUCGUUGACUUUGACUUUUCCAUUGACAACGUCUUCUUCCAUGUAUUUUCCCUCUUUCAACUCAAAACCUUCACCAAUGUGGCGUUUCUCCGCCAUCUCGAUUUCAUCGCCCUUCUGCUAGAUUCGCCAGUUGUAGAAAGACGGCAGAUUUUUUCCGGCGAUGAAUCGUGAUUUGGCCCUCGUAUUCAUCUUCUUCCUUUUCAUUCUCCUCUCUCCUGGAUCCGAUGCUUCUUCUUUCCCUUACCGUAUUUGGAAUCUUCAUCGCCGUUUCGCGCUUUCGAAGGAUCCUCCUCAGAGUGUAGCUCCAGCUCCUGGUCCUAGCUCUGUUAUCAAUGGUAAAUUGAGUAGGGGCGCCCCAAAAAGUUCUCCAACUCCUGUAAUUCCGCCGUUUCCAAGUUCAACUGAUGGUUUUACUACAGAGAAAUGUGACUCGUCAUCUAAGACUUGCCACGACCUUAAGAAUAUGACUGCUUGCCUUCUGUUAGCAGAACAAGCGGUGAUGGAACAAUAUCUUCUGAUCCAAAAUGAUGGAGAGACUUCUUUGAAAGUGAAUGUUAUAGUUUCCGAUGCUAAAUACAAGGAGAUACAAGUUCCUGAACAUCAUGCCAAAAAGGUUAAUAUUUCAGACUUUCCAGGGAAUUCAAUGAUUAUAUUAGAUGCAGGAAAUGGGAAGUGUAUAGUUCACGUAGGAUUACUAACAAAAAGUGGCAGCAUUUUUAAGCAGAUCUCUUCCUAUGUAACCCAUCUAAACAUCGUAUCCGGAUCCUAUCUACUAUUUUCAAUUGUUUUGAUCAUUGGAGGUGUCUGGGCAUGCUGCAAAAUGAGAACCAAGGAACGGCAUGCCGAUGGAAUCCCAUAUCAAGAGCUUGAAUUGGCAGAGCAUGACUCUUCUCCAACCAAUGACUUGGAAGCAGCAGAAGGUUGGGAUCAAGGCUGGGACGACGACUGGGACGAGUCGAAGCCUGCAAAUAAAUCCCAUUCUGACAUGAAAGCAAAUGGAUCAUCAAAUGGUAUUAACUCUAGAACUUCAGAUAGAAAUGGAUGGGAAAAUGAUUGGGACAAUUGAAGCAACAAACAGCUCAAAAGUUCUGCAUACUCCUCGAUGUUGAAAGAUCAGUAAACUUAGUGAACAUAGAAAAUUUGUAGGAUGAGAAUUCUGCUUCCCCCACCAUAUCAUGUGGUAAAAAGUUGUGAGCUCAUUUUUUUACUGUUGAAUUACAAGAGAGCAAAUGUAUGCUUAUCACAAUAGGUAGAUUUUUGGUUCAAUUACACCUAGGUUGAUUUUUUUUUCCCAUUGACAAACAAUAGAUCUCAGUUUUUCCUGUUAGUAAAGCUGGAAAUUGGAAAUUGGAAAGUGCAAUAAUGUUGGUUUUUAGUAAAGUGCAUCGCAAUGAUAAGGCUAUUUUGGUUUGUAAUGUUAAGUGGUAGCGUGCUUACAUAGAUCAAGAGGGUAUCAUUUUGGUUGGCCUCUCAAUAAAGUGUAAACCAAAAGAGAAAAGGUUUAUUUUUGAAGUGCGCA